AUGGGACUAGUAGCCCACACUUUGAAAAGCAGUGGCCCAGUACUUCAUGCGGAUGUCAAAGACAGAGUGACAAUCAUCUUUAAAAACAUGGCCACGAGAUCCUACUCAAUCCACGCGCACGGGGUGAAGACGGACAGUUCUACAGUGACUCCCACCUUACCAGGUGAAACUCGGACCUACAUAUGGAAAAUUCCAGAGAGAUCUGGCGCUGGGAGAGAGGAUAUGGCCUGUAUUCCAUGGGCGUACUAUUCAACUGUGGAUCAAGUGAAGGAUCUCUACAGUGGAUUAAUUGGACCGCUGAUUGUUUGCCGGAGAUCGUACUUAAAAACAUUUAAUCCCAAAAAGAUACUGGAAUUUUCCCUCCUGUUUCUGGUUUUCGAUGAGAAUGAAUCUUGGUAUUUAGAGGACAAUAUCAAAACGUACUCUGAUCACCCCGAGAGAGUGAACAAAGAUGAUGAGGAGUUCAUAGAGAGCAAUAAAAUGCACGCGAUCAACGGAAGAAUGUUUGGGAACCUUCAUGGUCUGCAGAUGCGCGUGGGAGAUGAAGUGACCUGGUAUCUGAUGGGGAUGGGCAAUGAAGUAGAUUUGCACAGCGUGCAUUUCCACGGCCACAGCUUCCGGUACAAGGUAAGAGCCCCCAGCAGGGUUCUGCUCUCCUGCACAGAAAAGAUGUUCUCAGUAACUUGUGAAAAGCUGGAAGUAUCAAGUGUUAAGUAAACUCCUUCCCAGGAG